CUUCAUCAACAAUAAGAACAUGAAGCUGUGCGUGGCCCACCCCGACCAGGACAAGUGGGUCCAGAAGCUCAUCAGGGUUCUGGAGAAAAGAGCCCAGCAGUAGGAACGAGCAGCUCCCACCUCACAGAUCAGCUCAGGGUGGUCUUCAUCUGGAGAGAAAGCAUCUU